AACUGGAGUUCAUGAACGUUUUCAUGAAGAGUACAAAGGGAAUGCGCGACAAUGAGUCUGUGAGAGAAGUAGUGAACAAGAUCAGAGAUGUGGCACACAAAGCUGAAGACAUGGUAGAUACUUAUGUUGUCAAUGCUAACAAGCAAAGAGGCAGAAACAUGUUGGUGAAGUACUUCUUCCACCGAAAAAACCAUGUGAUUAUGCUUCCUGAGGUGAAUGACAAGUUUGAAGCCAUCUUGAGCAGUAUCCUUGAGAUCCGUGAAAAGAUCAAUGAAAACAUGUUUAUAUAUGGCAUUCAACAAAGAAACAAAGAAUUUGCAAAAGACUCAUUGAUUGCGAGGAGGAGGGAUGUGGAAGAAGAGGAGGUAGUAGGCAUGGUGCGUGACUCCGAUGAGGUGAUUAGACAACUCGAGGGAGGAGAUUUGAGUCGUGAAGUUGUUUGCAUAUUAGGCAUGGGUGGUUUGGGAAAGACCACUCUUGCUCGAAAGAUCUACAACAACGACAAGAUCAAGAGCAUGUUCCCGUAUUGUGUGUGGGGUUUUGUGUCAAAUUAUUACAGCGCUCAAGAGCUGUUAAUGAGCAUUUUGAAGCUUUUGGAUCUACCAGAAGAGGAGUACAAAUAUUUAACCAAUCCAGAGCAAAUGAAAAGAAAAAUCAGAGAAUCCAUGAGUGGAAAGAAAUACCUGGUAGUCCUAGACGAUAUCUGGUAUACUCAAGUGUGGGACGAGUUGCAUGAAGCUUUUCCUCAUGACAACAAUGGUAGUAGAAUAUUGAUAACCACCCGUAUGGAGAAUAUUUCUCGCUAUACAAAUGCAACCUUUACUUACAGACUCUCAUUCCUCGAUGAAACUCAAAGUUGGGAACUGUUCUGUUACAAGGUGUUUGGCAAAGCAGGAUGUCCUCUAGAACUUGAACCUGCUGGAAAAAAAAUGGCUAAAGCCUGUAAAGGUUUGCCACUUGCCAUUGUUGUGUUUACAGGUAUGGUUGCAAAAAAAGAGAGGUCACUUAGAGAAUGGAAUAGAAUCCAGAAUCAUAUUUCUUGGUAUCAUGCUCACGAGGACUAUCGAAUUGUGACCGAUAUUCUGAAGCUUAGCUAUGAUUCCCUUCCUCGAACAUUGAAGCCAUGCUUUCUUUAUUUGGGAGUGUAUCCUGAAGAUUAUGAAAUACCAGCGAGAACAUUGUGUCAACUGUGGAUAUCUGAAGGUUUCAUUCAGGCAACAGAAGCUGGACCAUCAAAUUCACAAGAAGUAGAAGAUAUCGCCGACAUGUAUUUAGAUAAUCUUGUGGAACGGAGCCUGGUGCAAGUGGCAAGUAAGAGGAGUGAUGAGGGUGUGAAGACAUGUAGAGUCCAUCCUCUUCUUCGCGAGAUUUGCAUUUCCGAGAGCAAAGAAAACAAAUUUAUGGAAGUAUGCGAGGAGUUGGAUGCCAAUAGAAGCGAUUCCCGUAGAGUGUCUCUCCAGUAUAAAGGAGAAUGCUUACCAACCACAGGUGACAAAUGGCUUGCACGCUCUCUACUCUUUUUUGGUGAAGAGACUCGUUGGGAACGUGAAUCACAAGGGUGGAAACAGAUAAGGAAUGGCUUCAACUUGGCUCGUGUAUUGGACAUGAACCAAGUGGUGCUAGGUUUAUCACCUCGUGGUUUGAAGACAUUGAUCCAUCUAAGGUUUUUGAAAGUUACAGCAUCUUCUAGAAGAAUUGGAAAUGAUGUUUUAGCUUCUCUAUGCAACCUUUCAAGUCUAGAAACGCUAUACUUAUGGCUUAGAGACGAAGUUACUCUACCAAACAAAAUAUGGAAGCUCAAGUCACUCAGGCAUGUGUAUUUAAACUUUGAUAAUAUCAUAUUAAGAGAAUGGACUCGAAAAGAAUCAAUGCCGAGGAUAAUCAGACAAAGGGCGAAGAGAUUACAAAUAUGGUCUAAAGGAGCAUCAAUGUCGGAGAUGAAAAUUGGAGAAACAAAGGUGGAGAAUCUUCAAACACUGAAUAACAUCUAUCUUAAUGCAAGAACAGCAAGCGUCCUAAACAAGGGCAUGUUCCCCAACUUGACAAAAUUAACUUUGCGUAGAGAGCCGACAAAGCUGCUAGAGCCAGAAAAAGAAUACUUAGAGAACAGUUUGAUGUGCCUAAACAAACUCCGAAGGCUAAAGCUACUUUGCAUCGCGAAGCUUCCAUUAGAUCCGAAUGCGUAUCCUAUAAGUCUUACCAAGAUUACCAUAGGAUACUUUGGUAAACUGGAUGCAGGAAUAAUAAAGACCCUGGGACAGCUAGCCAACCUGCGAACCUUGAAACUCGUUGGCGGAAGCAUAAAUGGCGAUGUUAAUUGCGUAGCUGGUGACUUCCCACAGCUUCAGGUACUACAUCUGAGUGACGUUCAACUGGCUGGCAGGUGGAAAGUAGAAGAAGGAGCAAUGCCUCAUAUUCGAUAUUGCAUUAACCCUCACAUCCAUGACUAAGAGUGAUGAAGUUAUAUCUCAUCAACA